CUUAGUUCUGCAGUGUCCGACUGCCCCGGAAGGCAUCAGAAGAUAGACAGCAGGAAUGUGGUGUGUUGGUUGAAAUAUGCUAACGGGAAGAAGAGGACUGCUCCUGAUGAAUGGAUAUAUCGAUCCACGUUUAACGUCAUGCAUGCAGCCGGGCCCCUAGCCUGCGCUUUGUACACCCCCAGCCCUGAGGCAGUGUGCUUCCAGUAGGUGGAGGCUCUUCCUCCAUAGCCUCCGUUUCUUCCGACUGCCCCCAUGUUAACCCUCUUGAGUAUGUUUUACUAUAUCUGUCUGCGGCGACGCUCCAGGAGUGGGACUCGAGGUGAGGCUCUGACCAGUCGGCGGGCCGUGGAGUCCGGUCAGCGGGCGGUGUUGCCAGUCAGUGUGGAGGUGGAGCAGUAUGCCAAGGAGGUCCUGGACUUCAGUUCCCACUAUGGCAGUGAGAAUAGCAUGUCCUAUACCAUGUGGAACCUGGCUGGGGUACCCAACGUCUACCCCAGCUCAGGGGACUUCACUCAGACGGCUGUGUUCAGAGCUUACGGGACAUGGUGGGAACAAUGUGCCAGUGCUCCACCACCCUUCCGCCGCACCCCUAAAGGCUUCCACAGCCAGGAUUAUAUUGAGCUGGGCUUCGAGGAGCCUGUCUACCCUACAGGAGUGGAUGUGCUUGAGACCUAUUACCCUGGAGCCAUCGUCCAGAUUCUGGCCUGCUCCCACAAUCCCUUCUCCCAAAAUCCACCUACUGAUGUCAGGUGGGAGGUGCUUUGGUCAGGGGAGCCCACCAAGGUGCUGACACCCCAGGCACGCCAGUUUUCCCCUACCAUCAAGCAUAUCAACUUCCCCACCAACUUACUGCGUCUGGAGGUCAACAGCUCUCUGCUGGACUACUACACGGAGCUGGAUGCUGUUAUCCUCCGUGGGGUGAAGGAGAGGCCCAUGUUGGCGCUCUAUAAAAUGCCUGUCAUCGACAUCAAUGACCUGAGUGACAGCGAGGAGGAGCUGUCUGAUUUGGGAGGUCCAUUCAGACCAGGAGGAGUACAUCAGAGAACAGGCAAUGGCUACUUUGACAAACUGCCUUAUGAGCUCAUCCAGCUGAUCCUGAGCCACCUGACCCUGCCAGACCUCAGCCGUCUGGCCCAGAGCUGUAAGCUGCUGCACCAGCACUGCUGCGACCCGCUGCAGUACACCCAGCUGAGUCUGCAGCCCUACUGGGGCCGGCUGAGUGACGCCUCCCUCGGACACCUGCAGAGCCGCUGCACUCUCCUCCAGAGGCUCAACCUGUCCUGGACCGGCAACCGCGGGGCUCUCACCCUGACCGGCUUCAGCAGCUUCAUGAAGGCAUGUGGUCUCAGCCUGGUCUGCCUGGAGCUGUCGUGCUGCCACUUCCUGAACGAGGCCUGUCUUGAGGUUGUCUCUCAGACUUGUCCGGGGCUGCAGGAGCUCAACCUGUCCUCGUGCGACCGCCUCAACCCACAGGCCUUCACACACAUCUCCAAACUAUUGCGCCUUCGCAGGCUGGUGCUCUAUCGGACCAAGAUAGAGCAAACGGCUAUUCUGAGCAUCCUGACGUUCUGCAUAGAGCUGAGACACCUCAACCUAGGAAGCUGUGUGAGGAUUGAGGACUACGACGUGGUGGCCAGCAUGCUGGCUGCUCGCUGUCGCUCACUCUGCUCACUGGACCUGUGGCGCUGCAGGAACCUGACUGAUCGAGGACUGGCAGAGCUCGCCUCUGGCUGCAGGAUGCUGGAGGAGUUGGACCUGGGCUGGUGUCCCACACUGCAGAGCAGCACCGGGUGUUUCCAGCAUCUCGCCCGCAGCCUGCCCCGCCUGCGCAAACUCUUCCUCACCGCCAACCGCACGGUCUGCGACUCAGACAUAGAAGAACUGGCUGCUGGCUGCCCCUCGUUGCAGCACCUUGACAUACUGGGUACACGGUUGGUGAGUGCGGCCUCACUGAAGAAACUCCUCCAGUCCUGUCCAAAACUUCUCCUCCUGGAUGUCUCCUUCUGCUCGCAGAUAGACAUGCGGGUCGUCCAGGAGCUCUCGGGCAGCUUCCCAAACGUGGCCAUCAAGAAGAGCUUCACUCAGUGACCCCAUGGUCGUUGCAUUUUAUCAUCCACAGUCCAGGGGAAGGGAAGUGCUUGCCAGCAGACACUGCCUCAAAGUCAGGUCUGAUGCUGUAGGAGAUUGCUGACCUGCCUGCCGUCUGUAUCACAGACAAGAUCUUCUUUUAGCGGUCAGUAAACUAAGCAGUUGCACUCGGUGAGGAGGUUCUUUGGAUUAACUGGCUGAACACAAACAAGUGCAGACACCUAAUCACAGGAUUAUAGAACGUGAGACUUUUUAGUUCUUGGUUUUUUUUUUGUUUUUCUUUUCUUUUGGACGCUUGAAAUCAGGGUCGUUGCAGUAAAUCUGCUACAUCUUCCCAGAAUAUGAAUCAUCACGUAUGUAUUGCCAAGCAACACUAGGCUAAGAAAUAUGCCUUCGUACUGGAUGCAAAACACAAAACAAAACAUUUGUGAGCCUAGAACAUCUUGUUUGGACAGAGGCAAUGAACAAAACAAGUAUGAAUCGUACAUUUUCUGGAAACUGUGAGAAAAACGGCAGUGAAGAUUUGGUAAUCAUAUGAUCACGUUAGCUGGUAAGAAUAUGAAAGUUCAGGGCCCUGGUCAGUGCCUUGUCAAAAUGUGCAGCAGUCAUGGACUGUCUGAUGGCUUAUUCUGAAGGCACCUGUCAUUAUCAAGACAGUUUGAUCUCAUUGUAAGAAGUCAUACUUGCUGCUGUGUUCGAAGGUAAUAGGAGCUUUAAAGGUGAAAACAAAGGAGGGACUGCAGCCCUAUCUAAUACAGUGACCUUUGGACGGAGUCAUGUUAAACCAUAAUGCAAGUAUGAACAAGCUGCUUUGUGUUGCUAUAGACUGAGUGCAGAAUCAGACACCGGGAUUACACAAAAUCUCGUUUUGAACAGAAGGCACCAUCAAAUGUCCUGCACCUGAGAUUCACUGACAGCGUGUUUUCAUCCAAAAAAUAUGUGAGAACUUGUGAGAAAGCAGACUGGGACGACAUUUGUUUUAAUUUACACAUGCAAAAAACACCCAGAGUAUCAAAUCACAAACAGAUGGAGAAACCCAAACCCAAAGAUGUACAAUUUAUAAUGAUACAAAACCAAGAAAAGCUGCAAGUCCUUACAUUGGGGAGGCAAAACCAGUGACUGUUUGACAUUUUACUGAAUCACUGUGUAAAUCUGUGAUAAAUGUUCUUUCAGUGAGCUAAUCAUUUCAGAUCUGAUUGUCAUUGUCAACCGGACAGGGCUGACCCAACGUGUCCAUUUAAGAAAAAUGGGAUUGCCUAACAUGGAAAAGCCCUACAGAUGGAUAUGAUCAUGAUCUAUUAAUUUCAAGAAGAGCUUUAACUGAGCGUGGCCUCGUAGGUGCCCUUUUAAUCUAACAUACAAUACGAGACCGAUGUUAAGAUGAACUCAAGACUUGUGUUGGAUUUGAUCUGUAGAGAAAAACACCAGAUGUAAUGUGCCUGGUCUGGGUCAGUUUCUGUUCAAAUCAAACAGGGUGUGUCAUAGUUACAUUUUAGCUUAUUUCUUUUUGCCAACUUAUUCUGCUCAAUUAAAGCAAAAAUUCUGUUUUUUUUAAGUCAACCAGGCAACUCUCUGGUUUUCCUUAGUAGUUGUUUUGGCAGUGUAAUUUUAAAGGUAUAGUAAGUGAGUUUGUCUCGAAAGCUAAAUGAUGAAUUUGCAAGUCACCAGUUUCACAUCGUCUUCAUGGUGUCGCAUGCUUUUCCUGUUGUCAUUGGUACCGAGCUCUCUAUCACCACUAUUAGACUACAGCCACCUACUCAUAUGCUUACCUAUGGAGGGUCAAGUGAAGUACUGUGGAUUAAGUUGAGCGUCAUAUGUUAAAGUGGCACAUUGUAAAUACUCUAUGUGACCUCAGUAUUUGUCCUGUAACUCAGGGGUUUUAAUAUUUCAUCUGGUUUUAAUUUUUGUACGUAUAUUUUGCUCCAGAAACCAGCACAGCAGGCGUCUUUACAGAUUCACACCAGACUGAUACAGAUAUGAGGGUGACCUGCUGUCACUGUUGCUCUUAAACAACAAACACAUGUGACACUCAGCACUGAUGGGGAAAAAUGAUAAUUUAUUAGGUGUGAAAUGUUGCUGUAAUUAUGAUUGUGAGAAUAUAUUGCUGUUCCUGAUUAUUUAAUUUUGUAAUGUAUGAAGCCACAGUUGCAAUGUGGCAAAAGUGUUUGAAAAGCACUCUCUUUUUUUUGGAAAAGAAAAAAAACUUGAAGUUUUCUGUUAAGCACAUGCUACUAGUCAAUAUUUGUGCCUUAUACUCCUGUUUGAAUGUGGUGUGGUGUCCAUGUGGUAUAGAUUGUAGUGAAGUGCUUUGCUUUUUUCAACCAAAGUAAUACCCAAAAGCCUGGUCUUUAAUCCAACAGCUAUAUCUGACCAGUUUAUACGCCAUAUACUGUAUAUCAGCCAUGUCAAUUAAUAUGCAAAUGUUUUAUUUAUUUAUAUUUCCCUGCGUGAUAAACAUGUUAUUUAAACCCAUUAUCCAUAUAUACAUGUUGCAGUGUUUUGCUUUUCUUUCCCAGAGUCAGAUGAGAGGAAUCAUCUUUAUUUAAUCUCACGGCAUUCAGAAAUUGUGUGGCCAAGCUGACCACAAAGACCGGAAGUAUGUCUUUAGCAUAGCCCAGCACAACGAAUGGGGACAGAAGGAAGCUGUUAGAUAGCUCUGUCGACAGGAGAAAGCAUAUGAUUCCCAGCAAGUCAAAUGUAUUUAGUUCAUGAACUCUUGCUGGAAUGAAAAUUUAAAUCAAGGUAUCGUAGAUUUAUUAGCCGAUACUUGGAAAAACAACACCUGCAUGUGGCGUCGCAGCAGUCCAGCUCUUGUCGUAGCUCUGAAGGCAGAAUGUGUGCAAGACUGAACAACACAGUUCGUGGCUAGCUUGCCUUCCUGAAUGUUAGCAUGAAAUUAAUUUAGUUAUAAAGCUCUCAUAUCUUGAGUAUUUCUUUCUGGGAAUUUAGGAAUUUUAAUCACUGAGAAUUACUUUAUGUUGCUUCAAAUACAUUUUUGUGUGUAUAUAUAUAU